AAAAGGUCUCUCUUGCUCUUCCUCCCCGCACACAGAAACCAACUGCAACUAGCAAGCAAGCAAACAUGGGCGGCGGCGGCGGCGAAGAUAUGCCUCUCGGUUUCACCCCCGGUAUCCCGUUUCUCUUUCUGUCUAUUACUUUUUCGGCUCUGUGUUUUGGAGUGAAUGAGAGAAUUGUAAACGGUGGUAAGUGGUGAUUGAUAUACACCUUUUAAUUUGCUUAUGCAGCGGAAGAAUCCUCGGUGGAACAAAAUUCUUUGCAAUCAUCAUCAUCUCCUCCCGGGUCCUUCUCUUUUCAAAGGUAAAUUGUUAAAUCUGAGUCUGUUUGUGCAUAGAUUUCAAGAGAAAAAUGAGGGUGGAACCAUGGAUGGAGAGUGUGGGUCGGUGUAUGAAGGAUCUAGAAUUCCUUCAAGUUUUUUGGAACUUCAAGCCAACCAAAAGAAGGCGAGUACUGCUUACAGGGAAGUCUUGCAGAGUUAUGAUCAGUUGAAGGAUAGAAGCAAGAGCUUGGAGGAAGGAAAGAGCAAAAUCUUGAGUUAUACUCCUGGAGGAUGGAUGGAGAAUGUGAUUGGCAUGAAAUUGAGUGACUUUGAUGUGCCAAACACAACAGUCCUCCUCGUAAUCGGUCCAAAGGGAUCUGGGAAAAGCAGCCUUAUAAAUAGAAUUUCUAAGGUGUUUGAAGAUGACAAGUUUGCAUCUGAAAGAGCUCAAGUAUCAUAUAACUCAUCUGCUGCAGAUGGAACCUACUUCCUUCAGGAAUAUAUGAUCCCAAGAAGUUCAUCUUCUUUCUGUCUUUAUGAUACCCGUGGUUUGUCCUAUGACUCAUAUGAUAGCGCUAACAUGCUCAAGAAUUGGAUCACAAAAGGUGUUCAUCAUCGGGAGCUCAUUAUUAGGCCAUCAGAUAAUUCACAUUUGAGGAACCAAAUGAAGUGCAAAGCUCGUGGGAAUGGUUGUCAGUCCAAGGAAACCAGGAUGGUUACCUUUGUCAUAUUUGUUGUUGAUGGGCUUGCAGUUCUGAAAUCCAUGGAUAAUCUUGUAGACGAAGGGAAAAAGUAUACACAGAUGAUUGCUAAAACUUUUGACUGCCCAUAUAUAUCGUUUAAUGAUGAUAAACCUGUGGUUGUUGUUACGCAUGGUGAUUUACUUUCACUCAAUGAUCGUGCCCGAGUGCGUGUUCAUUUGGGGGAGCUGCUAGGUAUUCCCCCUGCGAAACAAAUUUUUGACAUUCCAGAAAGCCAUGAUCCAGUAACUGAAUUGACAAUAGUUAACAUGCUGCAUUAUUCCCUGGAGCAUGCUGAUAAAAAUCUUCCUCACAAACGCCAGAUAGCUAAAAAGGUUCGUAGUUUAAGCCUCUCCUUGUAUAUCUCUCUCUUCUUCAUUCUUGCAAUCGCCAUCAUAUCAAUCUACAUACCGCCCUUGCUUAUUCAACACCCCCCCAUACCAAAAGCUCAUGCUGAUCUCCCUCAAUCAGACGCUCUGGUAGAUCCCCCCUUGUCAGAAGCUCCUGUUAACGUGGAUCCCCGUAACUCAGAAGCUCUUUUAGAUCCCCCCAAAUCAAACGUUCAAGUGGAUCCCCCUAAAUCAGAAGCUCUUGCAGAAUCCCCCAGAUCAAAAGUUCAUGCCGAUCCCCCUAUGUCAGAAGUUCCUGUUAAUGUGGAUCCCCCUAAAUCAGAAGCUCGUCGUUUAGAUACCCCCAAAGCAGAAGCUCUUCGUUUAGAUACCCCCAAAUCAAAAGCUCGCGUGGAUCCCCCUAAAUCAAAAGCUCGCGUGGAUCCCCCUAAAUCAAAAGGUCUUGCCAAUUCCCAUCAAUCAGACGAUCAAAUUGUAGAUUGGCCUUCUGUCAGGCACUUGUGGUUAGACGAGAAUUAAAUGUUGGCUGCUGCUCUGCUUGUUUGAUGUGUAUUGGUCAUACUUUGGGGACGUCUUUGUACAUAUAUAAGUGGUUUUGCAGACUAAGAAAGAAGCAAGCCAGCUUCGAAUUGGAUAACUUGUGUCACAGUGAGUUUUUGUUGUAUUUGUGUAAAUUAUAUCAGAACUGAUGAUUAAGGGGUCGCAGCCCUAGCUCAUUGAAAUGUUGUUCUCAUAUUUCAGGAAGGCAUUUCUAAUUUUCAUUUUGCA